AUGGAUGUGAAGAAUGCGUUUCUACAUGAAGAGCUCGACAGAGAAAUAUACAUGGUCCAACCUGCGGGGUUCGAGGAUCAAGAGAAUCCAGGCUACGUGUGCAAACUAAAGAAGGCUCUAUACGGGUUAAAGCAGGCGCCACGAGCAUGGUACGGUAAGAUCGCUGAAUUCUUAAUUCAGUGUGGAUACUAUGUUGCACCAGCAAACUCAAACCUCUUCGUCAAGAAACGAGAAAGAAAACUAGCAAUAGUGCUAGUAUAUGUGGAUGAUAUCAUCAUCACUAGAGAUGAUGGAGAAGAAAUUCAACAAACCAGGAGGAAUUUAUUGGUGAGAUUCCAAAUGAAAGAGCUUGGAGAACUUAAGCACUUUUUGGGGCUCGAACUAAAAGAAAAAGGCGAUGGUCUUUUAUUGUGUCAGUCAAAAUAUGCUAAAGAUCUAUUGAAGAAAUUUGGCAUGAUUGACUGCAAGCCGUUAUCGACUCCAACCGAAGUAAAUGCCAAGAUAUGUGCUCAAGAUGGCAAAGCCUUGGAGGAUGCAACUAUGUACAGGCAGCUGGUCGGAAGCCUAAUCUACCUAACUCUAACACGACCAGACAUUUCAUAUGCAGUGGGGAUUGCAAGUCGAUUCAUGGAGAAACCAAAGAAGCCACACCUUGAGUUAGUCCGACGCAUACUAAGGUAUGUAAAGGGAUCAAUUGACUAUGGACUUUUCUGUCAAAGGAAUAAAGAUACAAAAAUUGUUGGCUAUUGCGACGCGGACUAUGCCGGAUGUGGUGAUACGAGAAGGUCCACUACUGGGUAUGUGUUCAAGUUUGGGUCGGCUGCAAUAUCAUGGUGUAGCAAAAGACAACCGACAGUAUCCUUAUCAACAGCAGAGGCCGAGUAUCGAGCAGCAGCAAUGGCGGCACAAGAAACCAUAUGGCUUAUGCAACUAUUAAAAGAUCUACAUCAGCCAUUUAGCUAUGCGGUAGAACUAUAUUGUGAUAACCAAUCUUCUAUACGCAUAGCGGAAAACCCCGUAUACCAUGAGAGAACGAAACAUGUCGAAGUACAUUAUCAUUUCGUUAGAGAAAAGGUGCUCACAGAAGAGAUAGAGAUGAAGCACGUUGGUACGGAAGACCAAGUAGCCGAUGUGUUCACAAAAGGGCUCAAUUCUUCAAACUUCGAAGAGUUCCGAACAUGUCUUGGAAUGGUUCGAGAAGAAAACAUAACUCGAAAGGAUGUCGGUGUUGAGGGGGAGUGUUAA